CCAUCGCGCUGGUUCGGGCAGUCGCGAAUUGCCUGCCAUCGUGGGGACCUCGGUGUGCGUGUGAGACUGAAAUUAAAGUGCGAGUUUAUUAAUCGUGAUUGCGCAGCACAUUGUUCCUUCGUGUAAAGCUCGACGAGACUUCCGUGACACUCCGUGCGUUGUGAAUCGAGCCCGCGACGCGAGUCGACCGCGGCUGCAGGGAUUCGACGAGGACAGUGAAGAACGGGCGCAGCUGAAGAUGUGCGGUGGCUUUACGUGCUCCAAAAAUGCGCUGACAGCACUCAACAUUCUCUACAUCGUUGUUGCCUUUAUAUUAAUAGGAGUUGCUGUAUAUGGAAGGGCAUCCGCCUUAGUUACAAACCUUCCUAUUAUUGGUGGCAUUUUAGCAUGCGGUGUGAUCCUGUUUCUUAUUUCCAUUUUGGGCCUGAUUGGUGCUGUUAAACACCAUCAGGUUUUAUUGUUCUUUUACAUGCUUAUAUUAUUUCUUUUGUUCCUGAUUCAAUUCAGCAUUGCCUGUGCUUGCCUUGCUGUCAACACUAAACAGCAAGAACAACUUGCUGAACAGGGUUGGACACAUGUUGAAUCUGAUUUAAAAAGAAAAGUUCAAACCACUUUUAAUUGUUGUGGAUUUAAUAGUACCAUUGAAGAUCCAAAUGUACCUUGUGAUGAUGUCAGUAAGGUUUGCUGUCAAUCAAUUGAUACCAGUUUAAUGCCUUGUCCACCUUGUCCAACAUGUAUGCACAAACUGCAAUCUACCAUUGACUAUGCAUUUAAAUUGUGCGGCAGUAUAGGAUUAUUCUUUAGCUUUACAGAGUUUGUUGGUGUUUGGUUGACCGUGAGGUACAGGAACCAGAAAGAUCCACGAGCUAAUCCUAGUGCUUUCCUCUAGUCUAACACCAUCGCCAUGUCCUCUGUCACUUCAUAUGAUCCUCCUAACAGAUGGUGAUUGCAGCUUUCUUGGCAAGACGUUAUCGUAAUCAAUUAGAUCCACAGGAAAAAGCUGCAAGAGCUAUUUUUCCGCGACAUAAUUAUUUAUAUUGAAAAAAAAAUUAAUAAUUUUUCUUUAAUCUUUCUUUUUAUUCAUAUUAUUUCAUAUUACUCUUAUCUAGUAUAAAGGGGACAAACAUAAUAAUUAAUUUUAUUUUCGAUUGCCCGUUUAUAUGUUACACAUAUUUUCUAAGGGCUAAAAUUUAAAUUUUAUUUUUUAAUAACAAUGACAAUGAGAUAACUAUAUAGACAUGUAUAAUGCUCAACAGAAAUAACAGCUGAUUUUUCAACUGGGCAAUCGUAGAUUUUAGAAUGAGUUAGAUGAAUAACAGAAAUGUGUGCUCUAGUCAUACUGAUUGUUAGAACAUUCAUAACAAGCCUCAAUGCGCCUUGUAGUUUACAGACGGAAAACAUUAUGUAAGUAUAUUUCUAUUAAAUUUUGUUGCAUUGUGUUUUCAACAACACAUAAAAUGGAAGUCGGUAAUGAAAAUCUAGCAUACUAUCUCGUAAUUAUACUAUUCAUUAUGCUAGUUCAAAAUAAAUUGGAUAUAUUAUAAUAUAUAUAAAAUUAUCCUAAAAAUAUACGGAUUGAAAUAAAAAUGCUAUAAGGAGAUGCAAAUUAAUUUUUUUUAUAUUUUUUUAUGGAAGAGUGUAGGUAAUCAUGGUAACAGCAUAGAUGAUAUAACAUCCAUGAUCGUAUCACAAUCAUAUUUUUCUCUCCUAUGCACAUACAUACAUAUACAUGUAUAUGACAUAUAUUACAUAUUAUAUACGUAAUUAUUCAAUAAUAUUUAGAAAUUUAUAUAUCUUCCAAACAAAAAAAAAAAUUUGUCAUGUCCUCUUUGAGUACACUUUUAAAUAACUUUAUAAUAUUUUUAUGUCUGAAGAGAUUAUUUUUUUAUAUUUCAAAUUUUUGAUAGUCUAAUGUGUGAAGUAUCUUCUGUUAUAUAAAAGUUUUAAUCCAAAUAAUCAGAACAAAAUUGUAAUUAUACUCUUACAAAACUCAUAUCUAAGUUGGAUGGAACUUGACUUAUCUUUGGCAGGCAUUGCAAAUUUUUGGAAAUAUAAUAGUCAUUCUUAUUUCUUAUAUGUUUUUAUAUAUAUAUUUGUACAUAUAUGGAGAUAUUGUCAAAAAUAUAUUAUAAAAUUAUCGAAUAUGUAUAUGUAUUAACAAAUUAUAGCUCAGUAAAACACUGUCGAUAGUAUAAAAUUUGUCACAUAUAUUUCAAGUUUCAUCCACCGAAAAUAUUUAAUACAAGUGCUUUGCUUGAGUAGAAAUGCUACUCUGUUUGUGCAUUUUAAUAAAAUUUAUGCAUAAUAUAAGCCAAAUAUUACAUAUCCUAAACGGCCUGGUGGGAAGUUAUUGACGAACUUUAUAAUAGUCUCACUCUUUCUCAUAUAAUGCAGAAUUCUUAAUUCAAAACUUUUAAGCUUUCGCAGUUGUAAAAGAAGAUAUUUAAACCAUUGUAUCAAAAGAUAUUUAUUAUGGAAAAUCUCUUUUGAAAAUAAUAUCCUUCCAGGUUUUUUCGGACAAUUUGCAUAAUUAAAUCGUAAAUCUUCCUCUUUAUGAGGAAGGUGAAUUUAAUACGCAUGAAAAUAAUAUAUGUUUACAUCGUGCCCAUUCUAGACAUUAGAAAAUAUAGCAUAUUUUCUAUCCAACUCCUUUACAUAAGAUGAGAUGAAUCUCGUUGUAGUUUUGUUUUUGUAUCUUUAUCCGAUAGACUACUAAAAUAACAAUCAUCGCUAUUCAAUAGCGAAUUGAAAAAUCAUUACUAUUUACUCUUUUGUUUAUCCAAGAAAUUUUAAGAAUAUAACUAAAUCAAAUAUUGUAAAAAUAUAAUUAAAUAUAAACAGAUUUUAUAGAGUUCGUUCUUGAACAAUAAAAGUAUAAUGUGACGUGCACGUUUGAAGAUUCUUUUAAUAUUUAGAAAGUAUUUUGUUUUGACAAUUUUUUUAUGUUCGUUUUUAUGAAUGUUUGAGUCUGCGCAAAUUUUUAGAGUGCCAGUUAUGUCUCAGAAUUGUAGAAAGUAAUUUGUGGAUAUCUUCCGACGAGUGUAAAAAUAAAAUCAUGCGAACAUUCCAAUUUUUACGCCUCUGUCCGGCUUCGGUAGAAACGUGCAUAUAUUUUAUAUGUACGGAAUAGGGCUCGUGUUGUACACGCGAGAUAUGUACGGUAGCGUAAUUCCUAUAUACAUAUUUUUAUCUAAAUAUCGUAUCAUAAUCAUUAUAUAUAUAUAUAAUAUAUUCGUAAUUAGAUUUAAAUGAUUAAGAAACGUAUAAUUCUAAGAAUAAUCGAGAGGAAUUCGACGAAAAGCGCAUAUGAGAAUGAUUCGCACUUCUGUGUAACAGAAAAAUGAUGUUAGAAACAUAAUUGUAUUAUCUAUGUAAUGCCUUUUUUGAAAUCAAAAUCUGAUACAUGCGAAAGGGUUUAAAUACCGACAAUCUUAAAGGUGUGAUGGAAAUCAUGUACAUGUUUGGAGAUCAAUGGAAAUCAUAUUCGAAUUA